GACUCGAACUGGAUCGCAACAAACAACGAUUUUGGAAAUGUUUCCUUACGAAUUGCCCCAUGCCAUGCUCGUCAUACUGGAGUUUACUCUUGUAAGGCUGUUAACGACCAAGGAGCUGCAGUCACUAGUGCAUCUAUUAGCGUACAAGGCACAGAGGGGUUGCUGCUCGACACCGCUCAUCCGGAAUCGCUCCAAAAGAUCAGAGAAAUGGAAUCUAUGGAUAAGUUCGCUCGCUUAGAAGCACCAGAAAGAGAAUAUGGCAAACCACAAUGGAUUCAGCCGUUUGAGAAUGUCGAAAAUGUGCCCGAAGGACAAGUUGUCGAGCUUCACGGUCUCGUUGAACCAUCUGGUGAUCCUAACCUUCGUGUUGAUUGGUUGCUCAAUGGAAAACCACUCAUGAACGCUAAUCGAUUCCGACAGGAACUUGACUUUGGAAAUGCUAUUUUGACUAUCGUACAUACACUUCCGCAUGAUUCCGGCGUCUACACUUGCCGAGCUUAUAACCUGGCUGGAGAAGCUAGCACUAGCGCUACGGUUAAGAUUGACGGUUAUGAGCGAAUUCUACUCGACCCACAACAUCCAGUUUCAUGGCAAAAGAUUCAAGAACUCGAAGCUCCUGUGGUUGUGGAAGAGAAGGAAGAAGUUGUGCAACGUGAAAAGCCGGCUUUCAUUAAUCAGCUGCAGUCGGCAGAAGGAGUCCCAGAAGGAGAAAGAAUUCACCUUGAGGCUACCUUCGAACCGGCGAGAGAUCCCGAGCUCAAG